AUGAAAAAAAUCCGAACUAUUCCGUUUUUUUCAGUGACUGUCAACAACAAAUAUGUUCCUGUUAAUUCCUUGUCUAAAUCUGCCAUAUUCAUACCAUCAGCCCAUAAUUAUAUCAGCAGAACACAGAACACAGCUAAACUAAGAGAACAAAUGAAGUAGGUUUCAGAUGGUGUGUAGAUGCAAAUAAUAAAUUGUGUCUUGCUUUCUUUCAGCAGAGUUUUGAGGAUGAGACCCAUCAGAGUCCGAGCCUUCUUGCUGCUUGUAUGUCUAAGUCUGCUGGUCCUCCAUGUCUUUAAAAAUGUUAUGGACCAAAAGACCAUUCACCUCCAAGAUAAUAUGAGAGAGGAUCAUGAUCAGAUACCACCACCCACUGCCAAACACCACGCCUUCAUCUGGCCAAGUUGUCAACGAAACACAUCUGUUGCCAACAUCUCAGGCUUCAGCUCUCUUCCCGUUAGCAUAAAAGACUUUCUGUACUAUCAGCAUUGUCGUCACUUCCCUAUGCUACUGGACCUUCCUCAAAAAUGUGGUGGAGUUGAUCGAUCAGAAGACGUUUUCCUACUCCUGGUCAUAAAAAGCUCCCCUGUGAACUACGAGCGCCGAGAGGUGCUGCGUAAGACCUGGGCUAAGGAGAGAUUACACAACGGCGUGUGGAUCAGAAGGGUUUUUGUCUCUGGGACAAUGAGUGAAGGCUUUGAAAAGACCAGGCUGAACAAGCUCCUGGAAGCAGAGCAACAGGAGCACAAAGACAUCCUCCAGUGGGACUUCACUGACUCGUUCUACAACCUCACUUUGAAGCAAGUUCUCUUCCUGGAGUGGAUGGAACGAAACUGUCCAAAGGCUCGUUUCAUUUUAAAUGGUGACGAUGACGUUUUUGCCCACACAGGCAACAUGGUGGAGUAUCUCCAGAGCCUUAAAGGCAACAGUGGAAGCAAACACCUCUUCACUGGCCAUCUGAUCCAGAAUGCGGGGCCUAUUAGAUCACCUGGGAGCAAGUACUACAUCCCCGUUCAGGUGCAGGAGUCAGACUCAUACCCUCCCUACUGUGGGGGUGGGGGUUUCCUGCUUUCAGGCUACACAGCUUUGGUCAUAUCCAAGAUGUCUCGCUCCAUUCCCCUUCUUCCCAUUGAUGAUGUUUACAUGGGGAUGUGUCUGGCCAAAGCAGGACUUGCACCAAGCUCCCAUAUGGGGGUGAAGACAGCAGGACUGCACAUCCCCUCCAGCAACCAAGAUGGAUAUGAUCCGUGCUACUAUAAGGAAGUGCUGCUGGUCCACAGGUUUCUCCCAGCUCAGAUGUAUCUGAUGUGGCACAGAAUACAUGACUCCGCUUUGAAAUGUGGUUCCUAAGUCCACUUCUGGAUAAAGCUUUAUGGUCCUGGGAUUCAAUUAGAUAGGAUAACAAGAUAGGAUAACAACUCAGCCCAUAAACAUGAAGCACAUGCAUCAAUUAAAAUGUUAUAUUUUACCACAAAAGUAGUGCAUUUUGUGAAGCAUUUAGUAUCGUGGGGUUCAAAGUUUGGUCCGGGGGCAAUUUUCAGCUGGCAGCUUUUUUAUUGGCCCUUGGCAUAAUCUAAAAAUAAAAUGAACUUAUUGAACUUAUUUCCUCUUCACCCUCUACACCUCGGACUUCACACACAACUCCACACAGUGUCACAUCCAGAAGUUCUCCGAUGACACAGCCAUUUUGGGUUGUGUUUCAGAGGGGAAUGAUCUGGAAUACAGGACGGUCAUCAGGGACUUUGUCAGCUCGAGUGAGCUUAACCAGCUGCAACUCAACACCAGCAAGACAAAGGAGGAAAACAUCUCACUUCACACCGGUGAACAUCCAGGGAGCGGACAUAGAGUUGGUAGACAGCUACAAAUUCCUGGGUGUUCACCUUAACAACAAACUGGACUCGUCCGUCAACACCCACGCCCUCUACAAGAAGGGCCAGAGUCGCCUCCACCUGCUGAGGAGACUGAGGUCCUUUGGUGUGUGCAGGAUCUUACGGACCUUUUAUGACUCUGUGGUGGCCUCAACCAUCUUCUAUGCUGUGGGCUGCUGGAGAGGGGGCAGCACGGACAGGGACAGGAGCAGGAUCAAUAGACUGAUCAGGAGAGCGAGCUCUG